AUGGUGAUAUUUUUUAACAACUGGGUCGUGGAAGGAAAGUGUGGUCUCUGUGCCAAGAUAUUCCCGUCCCCUGCUAAGCUAGAGGUUCACAUGCGCACUCACACCGGAGAGAAACCCUUCCAGUGUCCUGUGUGUGGCAAGAACGUCUGCGUGUUUUGUGGGAAGACGUUUCGAGUGAAUGCCGAGCUCAUACGGCACAUUCGGAUACACACGGGCGAGAAACCCUUCGCUUGUACCGUCUGCAACAAGCGCUUCUCUCAGAAAAGACCGAAGAAUGUGUGCCCAGUUUGCGGCAAGAUGUUCCGCUACAGGGCCGAGGUGGAGCGACACAUGCGUGUGCACUCCGGGGAGAAACCCUUCGCCUGUUCCGUGUAUUCCAAGAACGCGUGCGAAGUGUGCGGCAGGGAGUUCAAGCGCCACCAUGACUUAGAGCGUCAUACGCGCAUUCACACGGGCGAGAAACCCUACGAAUGUCAGGUGUGCCACAAAAGCUUCAGAAGGAAUUACCAGUGUAUAUUUUGCGGUAAAGAUUUCCCUUCCAACUACCUUCUAAAGCGUCACGUGCGGAUCCACACAGGCGAGAAGCCUUACGAGUGCACCGUGUGCCACAGACGCUUCAAUCAGAAAGAAAAGAACGCGUGCACGUUUUGUGGGAAGGCAUUUCGCGUGAACGCCGAGCUCCAGCGCCACUUGCGGAUUCACACGGGGGAGAGGCCAUUCGGAUGUCCUCUGUGCGGCAAGAGGUGCAUUAAGACCUGCUACUGUUCGUUUUGCGGCAAACUGUUCCCGACCAACUACCUGUUGACACGUCACACCCGGGUUCACACCGGGGAGAAACCGUAUCAGUGUUCAGUGUGUCAGAAAUGGUUCAACCAGAAGGAGAACGUGACUCUUAAGACCUGCUACUGUACGUUUUGCGGCAAACAGUUCCCGACCAAAUACCUGUUGACACGUCACAUCCGGGUUCACACCGGGGAGAAACCGUAUCAGUUAUCUGGCACUAAAACGUGCCACGUCUGCGGCAAAUCGUUCAUUGACAGCGCCACCUUGCGAAGACAUAUCCGGGUCCAUACGGGCGAGAAACCGUUUGAGUGUCCGAAAUGUGUGCCAAGGGCCGUCUGUAACAAGUGCGGCAAGUCGUUCGUGAACAAUGCCACCUUGCGGCGACAUGCUCGAGUACACACAGGGGAGAAGCCGUACGAAUGUCCCCAGUGCGGCAAACAGUUCAACCAGAAAAAUAACAUGCAACGACAUGUGAUGGUUUUCUGUACAGUAAGCACGUGUGUCAGCAGUGUGGGAAAGUGUGCCCCAGCAACACCGCGUUGGCGCGGCACAUGCGCAGUCAUACCGGGGAGAGGCCGUUCCAAUGUCCCGUGUGUGGAAAGAGGUUUAGUCAGAAGGAGCAUACCAAACGGCACAUGGCAGUACACCAAUCAAAGACGUUGUAACACGUGCGGUAAGCAGUUUGCCAGCAGAACGGACCUGGAGAGGCAUAUCCGGGUCCACACCGUUCCCCAUAUUGCAGGGGGAGUCCGAUGCCCCUUGUGCGGGAAGGCGUUCAAGGCCCAGUCCAACCUCGAGCUGCACUUGCGCGUACACACGGGGGAGAAACCUUUCGCGUGCACGGUGUGUGGGCGGCAGUUCAACCAGAAGGGGAACAUGAGGGCACACAUGCUCACGCACAUGGCACCCCCCUUGUAG